AUGAACAACGAUAUCAAAGACAUCAAUACACAAGUUCACGCAGUUCGACACAGCCAACAACAUCAACGUCAUCAAACCAUCGCUGGAUGGAUAUCUCCCUCUGACUUCCCCGCCCAGCAGUCAGACUUCAUAGGCAGAAUUGAAGAGGGCACUGGUCAGUGGUUCCUUGAUUCAAGCGAGUAUGCAACCUGGCUGCGUACACCGAAGUCUACGUUGUUCUGUCCGGGUAUCCCAGGCGCCGGCAAGACCAUGCUAGCGGCGAUCACGAUCGACCGUCUUUCACGGACCGAAGCCAGCGACGACAUCGGAUUAGCUUACAUCUACUGUAACUACAAAUCAGAGGCGAGUGUUGAUGUCUCAGCCUUAUUAGCUGCCCUUCUCCAACAACUCGUCCAGUCACGGCCUACUAUCGAUGAACCGAUCUCAAGUCUAUACGAGAAGCAUACCCGUCGUGGUACCAGGCCAUCUCUCCAGGAGAUAUCUACAGCUCUGCAGGUAACGCUAAAGAAUUUUUCCAGCGUUUAUAUUGUUGUCGACGCGCUGGACGAGUGUCCAAAUAAAGAUGGCACGCGCAACCAUCUCCUUACCAAACUUAAGGAUACUCAACAAGAAGCAGAUUUGCGGCUUAUGGUUACAUCUCGCUUUAUCCCAGAUAUAGAAGCGAAGCUCGAGUCGACACCAAUACUAGAAAUUCGAGCAAGAGGUGCCGAUGUGAAACGAUUCGUCAGAGGCCAGAUAUGCCGACUACCCAACUGCAUUCAGCGCGACCAUCAAUUGCAGAGUAUCGUAGAGGACAAGGUUAUAGAAGCAGUAGACGGCAUGUUCCUUCUUGCUCGUCUACAUGUAGAUUCGCUUCUCGACAAGCGAACUAGAGCCAAGGUACAAGCUACGCUAAAAACUCUUCCUAGAGGCCCAGAAGCUCUUGGUGAGGCCUAUAAGGACGGGGUCCAGAGGAUAGGAACUCAGCUGCCUGAAGACACCGCGAACGGUAAUCGUGAACUGGACCGCGAUAACAUUCCGGACAUUGACGAUGUCAUUUCUGUGUGUGCCGGCUUAGUCAUCGUGGAUAAGGAAAGCAACAUCGUCCGCCUCGUUCACUAUACCACGCAGGAAUACUUUGAGCAGAUCCGCGAGAUAUGGAACCCAACUGCUCAACAGGAGAUUGCGUCUGCUUGUCUGACUUACCUCUCGUUUCAUGUAUUUCGUGACGGCAGCUGUUCUAGCGACGACGAUUUAGACAGUAGGCUAAAAGAGUAUCCACUCUUAGACUAUGCUGCUCGAUACUGGGGUUAUCAUAUAAGGAGUGUUCAGGAAGGAGUAUCAGAGGUAGCAUACCGCUUCCUCCAGAACAACGGCUUCUUAUCCUCCGCCACUCAAGCAGUGUCGAUUCCCAAGUACCGGUAUCCCGGAUUUAGCCAAAGAUUUCCAAAACAUACCACCGGGUUGCACUUGUCGGCAAGGUUCGGGUUAGUCCAGCUAUUGAUGAUAGCGCUUCUUCAUUCAGAAUAUAAUAUUGCAGCCAGACCCGACCUGAGCGACAGCUAUGGCCGGACGCCGCUAUCGUAUGCGGCAAAGGGAGGACACGAAACCGUAGUCCGGCUACUGGUCGAGCGGGACGACGUCGCGACGGGCUCGAAGGACAAGGACGGCCGGACGCCGCUGUCGUGGGCGGCAGAGCGAGGAUACGAAGCGAUAGUCCAGCUACUGGUCGAGCAGAAUGACGUCGCGGCGGACUCGAAGGACAAGGAUGGCCGGACGCCGCUGUCGUGGGCGGCAGAGCAAGGAUACGAAGGGAUAGUCCGGCUGCUAGUCGAUCGGGACGACGUCGCGGCCGACUUAAAGGAUAGGCUCGGGCACGAGGCGAUAGUCCAGCUAAUGGUUGAGCGGGACGACGUCGCGACGGGCUCGAAGGACAAGGACGGCCGGACGCCGCUAUCGUGGGCGGAAGAGCGAGGAUACAAAGCGAUAGUCCAGCUGCUGGUCGAGCAGGACAACUUCGCGACCGACUUAAAGGACGGGUUUGGCCGGACGCCGAUAUCGUCGGCGGUAUCGCAAAGGCACCAAGCGAGAGUCCGGCUACAUCGGAACACGGAGAAAAUCAACCAGACACCGCCGAGGAAAAGAAUUGCCCUUGCUGUAAGUUUCUUUGAGUUCAGCCCCUCCGUCUGUUGCCCAAGUAUGAGAACAGCCACGUCUCUGUCGACACAAAAAGAUACGACUGAGUUUGACUGA